AUGUCAGCAGCACUCCGAGAAAAGCAGGCACCUAUUAAAGACCAGUACAAAUCAGAUCCGACCAGUGCGAUCGUCACCUUGUCCUCUUCCGGCACAUUAGACUCCAGCAGCAUAACCUGUAAGCUGGACACCGGAAAGGCCGUCCACGAUGCCCAGCAGAAAGUCGCCGGCCUACAUCAAAAAGCAGGAGGCGACGACCCAUUGAUCUCCGGUGAACUCUGCUCAGGCGACAUGCUGCUCGAGGCGCUUGUAGCCUGCGCAGGCGUAACCCUCAAAGCCGUCGCCACCGCCCUCGACAUCCCGAUCAAGGAGGGUACGGUCCGAGCAGAAGGCGACCUGGACUUCAAAGGGACCAUGGGCGUGGACCGCAAUGCUCCAGUAGGCUUCACCAAGAUCCGGCUAGCCUUUGACUUGAAGUUGCAGGACGGGGCGGAAGUGGCAGAGGAGAAGAUCGAGAAAUUGGGCAAGCUGACAGAGCGCUAUUGCGUCGUGCUGCAAACCAUCACGCGAAAGCCAGAGUUGAGUGUUAGUGUGCAUGGGACGCAGGAAACCGAGCAAGGAAUCGAGAGGACGACGGGCUGGAGCCAGAAGAGUUGA